AUGGAGAUGGAUAGCAACAUCACGGAGCUUGAGGCGAUGGCUUGGUACGAGGCCAUCAGCGAGAGGGACAACGGCGACAUCUCCUUGCAGGCGAAGCGCCUCUUCGACGACUCCGCGCAGAGGCAGAGGCAGAUCACCUUGGAGCAGAUGGCCAGCCUGCUCCACAGUCGGAACGGCGCCAUCACCGACGAGGAGGUGCUCUUGGUCGACGUUGCAGGCAUGGCCCAAGAGCGGCAUGUCGCAGCGCACGCCGACGCUGCAGGCAUGGCCCAAGAGCGGCGUGUCGCAGCGCACGCCGACGCUGCAGGCAUGGCCCAAGAGCGGCGUGUCGCAGCGUACGCCGCCGCCCAGGCCGCGGUGGCCGCGCUCGACGCGGCACCCGUGCGCGGCGCCGGCAGCAGGGCAGCCACUUGGUCUGCCUGCGAGGCCCUGUGGGCAGCGGCGCUGGCCCUGGGCCCGCCGGACCCGUCCGGGCCGCAGGCGAGCCCCGGCGCAGCCGCGCCGCUGCUCGGCGGCACCGGCGCGGCCGCCGCCCCCGAGCCGGGUGUGCGGCCGCGCUCCGGGCCGCCAGCCCGAGGCCGCUGCGGCGCUUGUCCUGCCAAAGAGCAGGCUCCCGGCGCCGGCGCCGCGCUGGCACAGCCCGCGCCCCCGCAGCAGCGGCUCCCCCCCGCGGAGCCGGCAGCCGAGGGGCCCCGGGGUGGCCUGCGGCAGCGCGGGGCCUCCGCCCCAGAGGGCCCCGCGCGCGGCGGCGCUUGCCGCAAGGAGGCGGGGCGUCAGGCUGAUGGCCCAGCGGCGGAUGGCGGCACGGCCCCGGAGGUCGCGGCCGCCUGCGCGGCGGCGGCCGAGGCGGGCGGCGCGUGGCCGGCCGCGGGCAGCUUGCCGCGCGGGGUCGAGGAGCACCUGCAGGCCUGGAGGUCGCAGGCCUGCUCGCUGCUGUGCGGGCUGCGCUCGGCGCCAGAGCACUGGGCGGACGCGGGGCCCCGGGCCCCUCCGCCAGCCACUCGGGAGGGUACUUCGACAUCGCUAGACGAGAUGUGCCGCUUGCUCGACGGCCUGGGCCAGCGCUUGCGGAAGCUCCGCGUGGAUCUCGACUGCUUGGACGACGGGGACGCAGAGAGCCUCUUCAAUACGCAGGGCAAGCUACGCCGCGACGUGCAUCGCAUCGACCGGGUGUGCCAGAGGUGCGCCGAGCAGCGGGCCGGCGCCCUUUUCUGGAGCCAGGCAAUCGCGGACGCUGACCGCAGGGCUUCGGCGUGUGCCAUGCUGGCGGCGGCCAUGGAGCCGUCGCGCAGCGUGGACUUCCCGUGCAUCACCGACAUCUGCGAGAGGCUCGCCGAGAAGCCCUCCGAGGUGCCCUCCGCGGUGCGCUUCCUCGUCGCGGUGCUACGGGAGGCGCAGGGCCUCCGCAGGAAGCUCAAGGCGCUCACGAUCGCGCACGAGAUGCUCUACGACGAGCGCGUGCUGCUGGAGCUGGCCGCCGCGGACGGGGCGCGGCGCCCGCUGCGGGCGCUCCGCCAGCUGCCCGCGGGCUCGGGCCUCGGCGCCGCCGCGGAGGCCAACGUGCGAAUGCUGGCCGCCGAGGUCGAGCGCCGCCUGUCUGGCGCCCGCGGCGCCGCCAAGCCGGCGAGGGCGCGGCCGGCCGGGCUGCUGGAGCAGCUCCGGGGCCUCGUGGCCGCAGCGGGCCCCGGGGCGGGCGCGGCGGCGAGCGGGAAGCGCGCCGCCACGGGCGGCGGGCCCCCCGCGCCUCGGCCGAGCGCCCGCCUGGACCCCGCGCCGUGGCACGGGGACGGCGCGGGGCCCGCCCGGGGCAGGGCCGGCGCGCGCCGGCUCGCCGCGGCCCUGCGGCGCGGCGGCGGGUGGCAGGGCGGCCUGCCAGCGGGCGAGCUGGCGGUGCUGGACGACGCCCGCGGGACGCUGGCGGGCCUCGCCGGGGCGCUGGCUCGGCUGCACGAGGAGCUGGGCUGCCUGGACGACGGCGUGCUGGGGCUGCCCCUGCGGCGGGAGAGGCAGCGCGUCGGGUCGCUGCGGCUGGCCGCGGCCAGGCUGCAGGAGCGGUGCGAGGCGUGGCGCGCGUGCUGCUGCGCCGGGGGCCCUGCCGGCGGCUCCCCCAGGCACGGCCCUGACGCCGCGCCUCCCGGGGCGGCCGCGGGCUGCGUCGCCUGCGGCAGCGCCGGGUGCAGCCUCUGCCAGGGCCCCGCGCCAGGGGGUUCUCGUGCGCCGCCAGCGCGGCGACCGCCCGCAGGGCUCCUGGCCGACUUCCUGGAGGAGGCCCUCGCGGCGACCGACGAGUUGCACGUGCGCCGCCGGCAGCUGUCUGACCUGCGCCACUUCGCUGUACAGAACGCCAAGGCCGCAACCGAGGCGGCUGGCUAGCAAACGGCGGCCGGACUGGCAGGGGUGGCCGCUGCUGCGAGGAAGAGAAAGAACGAUCAGUGACAGUUGGAUCGGCCGUGCUUGUGCGACCCGUGUCCUACAGGCGCUGUGCAUUCUCGCCCCGCUGGCGCGACCAAACAAAACACAAACAGUUGACAGGCAACGGACAAGUAGAUCCCGUCGCCGAG